GUCCAAGAAAAUUAUGAAGAAAUAACUACUUCUGAAAAAGGACAUAGUAAUGGCUUCGAAAUAUCUUCAUUUGGUAUUGAAGUGAGAUCCAAACAAAAAUCUAUUUGUGAUUAUGUAAUACAAAAAAAUGGAAAUAAGAGAAGAUUCUUCGAAGCAU